UCGAUCUUGUUCUGGCGAGAUAAUUGCGUGUUAUGCGCAAUUUCCGAUUCAAAACAUUUGUUAUUAUUUGAUCGGUAACAGUGCAUAUUAAACACUAUUAAUCAAAAUGUCUUCGGGAAGACUUGUAGAACUGUUAGAUUCAAUAGAGAGGCGUGUGGAGAUUAUGAGGUCAGCUGUUCAGGCGUUGGAAGUUGAAAAAGACACAUUAGUUGAAGUGUUACAAAAUUUUUCUGACUCGCCGGAGCUUCAAAUGCUAUCAGAGUCCGAACAAGAGGACCUGUUGUUUCGAAGAUCGGGUCUUCUGAAGAGGGCCACGACUGUCGACGUCACCUUGCUGACUCCUAGAACCGAGCAACAAGUAGAAGCACUCAGAGUAGUCACCGAAGUUGUGGACAAGCUACUUACCAGCUUUCAUGACGAUACCACAAGGGAGUUAUGCGAAAUGUACCUCAAUGCGUGCUUAUCAGAAGCGACUGGGCCGAUAGAUCACAAAUUUCAGAGCAAGAUAAUUGAGUGUGCAGUAGAUGACCAGAAAAAGAUCCGCAAGAAGCUUCAGAACAUUCUGACGCAAAUCAAUGCAUUGCAAGCCGGCGGUCCGAUGGAUCAAUCAGUGAAAAAACAACAAGCGAGGACAACGCGUUGCCACCUCGAACAAGCAAAUGAAGACCCGAGCCACUGUCACCCUGGUUCGCCGUCGUAAUAUCUAACUCUGUUGCCCUGUCCCCUGACAUACAUUUUACUAUACAUAAAUUGCCUAUAUAUACUCAUAUACGGAUAUGCAGAGGUUAUUUAUAUUGCUGUUAUCGGCGAGCAACACCACUAAAUCAAAUGGUGUGGAUGUCGAGGUAAAAGAACAAUCAGAAGGAAUUGAAAACUAGGAAACUUAACUGAUAGUGCAAGAGUUCAUUGCCUGUCGUUUUCGAGAGUUUGCUUUGUCGUGCAAAUUAAGAGAAACUUACUCAACCAAUAUAGAAGGUGCAUAGAAUAGAAACAGGGUUAAUUAAUUA